AGCUCGGGUGCCGGGCGCCAGAAGCUUACAGCCGUACAAAGUACCUUGACAUCGGAGCUUGGUGUUGACUUACUGCACUGCAGUCUGAGGUGAUGCUGGCCCCGCCGCAGCUUGCUAGUGCACUACUGCGAAUUCCAUGCUGCCAUGCUGCCAUGCACCCCUCACGCGUCCAUCACAUCCGUUCGCUGACCGGGCAGUGCCACUGGGUCAGCAUCCUGGGGUCAGGACGUGCCCGUGGGCAAGACGCUAAAGAUCUGAAUAUAACCACCGGUCCACCAUCAAGCAGCUGCGGGCGUUUGGCAAUGAUCGGUCGGGUGACAGGAUGAGUGGGCCCCCCUCAUAG